UGCUAGAAUGGCGCUAUUUCAAUAUUACGAAAGGUUCGGCGCGCCUUUUCAAGACCUUUCAACACACAGAUCGCGAUUGUAUUGUGUCUGUGUACGAUUGUGUCCCACUCGACAGCUUGGACAGGGCUAGGGCAGCGUCCGGACGGCAGGUCACUAUCUGAAGGUGCGAGAGGUCGCGUAGCGGCAGCCCGAUGGUGGAGGGACCGGGGUGCAAGCUGAAGGGGGAGCGGCUGGCCCGGUUGAAGGGGCAGCGUCUGGUGAACACACAGUGGGGGAGGAACCGUCCGAAGGAUGCUUCCAGAGGAAGUGGGGCAGAACGGGAGGACACAACAUCCGACCAGUCUGGCCUCCAAGUUGGACUUCCUCUGAGUAAUGUGGAGACCCUGGGGAAGGAACUGUUUGUGUACUUUGGAGAAUCUUGUCUAAGGGUUCAUUUUGGCAUGAAUGGAAGUGUGCAAAUCGAGGGUCAUAAGAACAAGGCUUUCCAGAAGACAUCAGAACCUGUGCUCACCUUGAUGCUGACUUCGGAUGCUGUAUCAUUCCAUGACUGUACUGUCCAGAUUAGAUCAUCAGCAAACUGCCAUGACAAGUAUUUGCAGUUCCAACACCUGGACGUCUGCUCACCACACUUCAGUCUGGCCCAGGCAACAAGAGCUGUCAGUUGCCAUGGCAACAGGAUGUUGUGUGACGUCCUCCUCGAUCAGUCAGUUCUGCCCGGAGUGGGGAACAUCAUCAAGAAUGAGGCCUUAUUUGACAGUGGAUUGCAACCUUCAGUGAAGGUCAUGCAACUCAAGGAAGAGCAUGUUAAGCACCUGGUUAAGAUGACAAGGGAUUUUUCUAUGUUGUUCUACAAGUGUAGGAAGGAGGGCAGAGCCUUGUCCAGACACUGUAAGGUGUACAAGAAGCAGUGUUGUGGUCAGUGUCAGGGGAGGAUCAUCAUGUGUAGGAUGGGGGAGAAUGGCAGGAUGACCUACUUCUGUGAAAGGUGCCAAACAUGUGACCCUGAGACUAUCACCAAUAACAAAAGAAUUCUGCCUACAAAGAACAGCCUUAUUGGCUGGGUUACCACCGGAGGCCAUUCAAUCGCCGAGUGCCAGGAAUGGACAUGUUCAAUAUGCACCUUAAUCAAUAAGGGGAAGGCUGGAAUGUGUUCAGCAUGUGGGUCGCCCAAACCCACGCCUUCCACGGGAGAUUUGUCUCUCUCCGACUGGACCUGUUCGCUGUGCACUCUGCUGAAUGAUGGGGACACUAGGACAUGCCUCGUUUGCGAAGGUCCUAGAAGUGAACCGGAAAAUAGCCAAGAGCAGUCACAGGGAGUUACUGCGCUAGGCGAUGGCGAUAGUCUUCACUCUUCAUUGCCAGCCGUGCCAGAUGGGACACCUUACCCGUUUGACAGACAGGUAUCACGGAAAAGAAAAUUGCCUUGCAGCUCAGGUGUGAUAGUCGCAGAGCCCACCGCUCCUGCCGCAGGCAAGCUCGCUAGAUUAGAGUCAGUGCCAUUAACAAGUCCCACGGGCACGCGGCGUGUGCCGUCGGCAGCGAUUGUGUUUAAUUCGAACGCUGCCGGCAACAGAUUGGAAAGACCGCAACACGAAAUCACUUUUCGCAGUAAUGGAUCCAAAGUGGCUCAAGGUACUGGGGGAAGUAAUACAGUCGUGCGCUGCAAGCAGCAUGACAAGGUGUGCGUAGAGAGAACCGCCCGAAAGAAGGGAGAUAACUAUGGUCGCUCAUUCUUCUGCUGCUCCAUGCCUCGAGGAAAACAGUGCAAAUUCUUUCAGUGGGCAGAUGACAGCUUCCCCCUGUGUAACCAUGGGAAAUGCUGUGUGAAGAGGACAGUUCUAAAACAAGGUGCCAACAAUGGCAGGGACUUCUACACUUGUCGUCUGGAACGGGGAAAACAAUGUGACUUCUUCCAGUGGGUGUCAAACGUCGUUGUUGAUGGGAAAAGUCGACGCGGAGACGAGCCGGAUAUCGUGAAAAUGUCUGUUGGCCACGGAGGUGGGGAUGGGGAGGGCACCAGGCACCCGCUCAAGAUCUUCGCCAACAUUUUCAUCUCCUUCAUCGGGGCAGGAGUGCUGGGGGUUCCUUAUGCCUUCAAGGAGGCUGGAGUAAUUGAGGGAAUUCUCAUCAUGACAGCAGUUGGGAUCCUCAGUGUGAAAGCCAUGCUGAUGAUCAUAGACAGUAAGUACAAAAUCAACAGAGAAAAGAGACCAAAGAGGACAGAUGACAAGGAGUUCCAGACAGACAUUGAGAUGGAGGUCCUGUUAGACGAGGACACAGCACAUGAGAACAACGGGGAUCUCAUGACAGGUGUGAAACAGCACAGACGACAGCCUUCCUACGACCAUCAUAUGGAAGAGCUGGACUAUGGAGAUGUUGGAUUCCAUGCUAUUGGACCAGUAGGGAGGCAGCUGGUGGAAUGUUCCAUUGUUGUGUCACAAACAGGCUUCUGCUGUUCAUAUAUCAUAUUCAUCUCACAGAAUCUCAUGCACUAUGUGGAUAACUCACACAUGUACCAGUGGUUACUGAUCCUGCUGCCACCACUGGCCAUACUGACCAUGCUGAGACAACUCAGUAACCUGGCCAUCUUCAGCUUGUUUGCUGACUUUGCCAAUGUGUUUGCAUACGGCGUGGUCUUCUGGUUUGACUUUGAACAUGUCAGCAAAGUCAGGGUGGAGACUUUCCAUAGUGGAGAUUACAUCCGAGAACCAAAGCUUCAUCCGAAGCUGAUGACUUUAGAUGGAGUCCCCAUGUUCUUUGGCAUGGCCAUCUACUGUUAUGAGGGGGCAGGCAUGAUCCUUGCCUUGGAAGCAUCAGCAGCAAAAGACAGCAAACAGCUAUUCAGAAAAGUAUUUAUCUUCACCAUGUUUGUUGUGACAACCCUGUACCUGGUGUUUGGGGUCUGUGGAUACCUGUCUUUUGGACCAGAAACUGACAGUAUCAUUACACUAAACCUGCCACCAGGCAUAUUCCCACUUCUGGUAAAAGGCUGUCUUUGCUUCUCUCUGUUCUUCACAUAUCCAGUGAUGAUGUUCCCAGUGGUUCAGAUCCUGGAGAAGAAAUGGUUCAGGGACCCCCUGAAACAAACCUUCCUGGGGAACACCCUGCGUGCGUGCCUGGUGCUGACCACAGGUCUGGUGGUGCUGCUCAUCCCCAGUUUCUCCACCAUCAUGUCUCUCCUGGGCUCCACCUGCUGUGCCUUACUGGCCUUCAUCCUGCCAGGACUCUUCCACAUGAGAAUACACAGGGAGUCUAUAAGCAAGUGCCAUUAUGCCCUGGAUGUCUUCUUCAUUGUAUUAGGAGUUGUAGGGUAA